AUGGUCAACGCAAGGGGAGUCUGUUAUCAGUUCCUUCGAAACGGUACCUGCAGAUACAAAAAUCACUGCAAAUUUUCCCACGAUGUUGCCCGAGCAGAGCCAACCGAACGAAAGGAACCCAAACUCACCAGCAGCGAACGAGCCUUUCGUGCCUGGAGAGACGACAUACCAUUGAAGCUAGUCAACCUUCGUCCGCUGGGAAAGCGUCUGGGACAUUUCUUCAGAGAAGCGAGAAAGCUUCUUGAUGAAGGGGAUGGAAUGUACCAAGAGGUGAUUCGAGCUUUGGCAAAAGAAGGAGGACUCAAACGGAUCCAAGAGCUGGUCGAAUACGAUUAUAGUCGGAUGACGGCUACGACUAAGCUUUUCGUUUUCAAAAACCAGAUGUUGCCGUUUCUCAAACUUAUCACAGCCCCUGAGGUUCUUGAAUCUAUGAUCCUGGAGCAGGCAGUUGGAACGAUCUACAACGUUCUCUUCGGCCAUUCUGGAAGACGAGGCGUACUGCUCCUGGAAUUUCUCGCUGAUGUCUGUUCAACUUCCAACAAAGAAAAACUGACAGAGACAUUGAGUUACCUCGAGGUGUCACUCUUUAUCUUUUGGCAAAUCAUUGAGCUAAACUCCUUCGCCUUUGUCCAUGAGCCUUUCAAGCCUGUGGCCACAGAGUUCGAAGGGAUCUUCAAGGCAUUUCACUCAGAGGAAACCGCCAACUCUCUUCAAGCCGCCAGAACAUACCUGGAACGUAUUCUGCGCCAUCUCGAAAUUGGCAGUUCGCUGCCUUCAGUUCAUGGAACGCAAAAACUGGCCGAAAGCAAUACGAACACAACUGAUCUCUCGUUUGUGCUCAAGCGUGAUCUGCCCGGAGGACGCCAUGACAACGACUCUGCAGACAUAUGCAAGGUCAAGAUCAUGCCUACAAUUGAAGAGAUUCAAUCAUCGCGAGGUGAAUAUCUACCUAUGAAAGAUCCCCGUCAAUGGCAUUUAGGCGGCAUAGGUGGUCUUCUUGACAGAAGUUUCCGACUCCUCAGGGAAGAUACAGUUGGUCAACUUAGAGACACGAUACACGGUCUGUUGAAGCCUUCAAACAAAGGUGACGGACGCAGGAGCACCCAGCUUAGAACCCACAUCCAUCACAACGUCCACGUGGUUGAGCUCAACUUCGAUCGGUUCCAUGGCUUGCAAUUUGUCACCGAAUUCCAGCAACCAAUUAACAUGAAAAACAUGAGCUCGAAGAAGCGGGAAAGCUGGUGGCAGCAAUCUAAGCGACUACAGUCCGGUGCUUUGGUGUGCCUUGUCUUUGAGGCCAAAAAUGUCGUCUUUUGUACUGUCGCUGCCCCUCCAAGGGAGCGGCGAGGCAAGGGCCAAAAGCAGCCUUCCGGAAAGAAACUUCCAUCUCUGUGGGAAGAAAAGGAAACAGGAGCAGUGUUAUUAGAGCUGGUUCAGCUGACAGAUGACAAUCUGAAAUGUAUCCUCAACCAGUACAAACCGCGGACCGCUGUCCCUCCAGUGUCGCUCGUUGAAUUCCCGGGGAUCAUCCUGGCAACCUUUGAACCGACACUUCGAGCUCUUCAAAAGAUGAAGAAAAGCGACGUCCUACCAUUCUCACCUUUUCUUGCGCCAAUGGAUCCGGAAGGCCCGUCUGGCAUGGUAACGCCACCACCGCCGGCGUAUGCCCUCAGACCGGGAUUCAGUUUCGACUUGAGCUGCUUGUUGAAGGAUCGCAAGAUGCGCUUUACAAUGAGACCAGAUGAGCCGGUGGACAUCGAGAAGCUGCAACAGCAUUCGGCUUUGGAUAAGGCACAGACACUUGCCGUGGUCAAUAGUCUUCGACGCAGUAUCGCACUUAUUCAGGGCCCACCUGGAACGGGCAAAAGUUAUACUGGAGUUGCCCUCAUCAAGGUCCUUGUUCACGCUCUUAGUGCAACUGAAAGAACGACUCCUUUUGGGACCAGGGGAAGGGGAAGGGGUGGUAGAAGGGUAGAAGGGAAUAGGAGAAGCGCCGAAGGCGAUAUCGGUCCGAUAAUCUGCGUUUGUUAUACCAAUCAUGCUCUCGAUCAAUUGCUCGAGGAUCUGGUGGAAAAUAAAAUUACCAGUCAGAUCGUUCGCAUUGGCUCCCGAUCGAAAUCCGCGAGACUCGAACAGUUCAAUCUACGCGAACUCUCCGGCAUAACAGGCAAAAGCAAGACAGAAUGGAAAGAUGAGCAGAAUAUUCAUAAAGAGCUUGAUGAAGCUGAAAAGGAAUUCAAUGAACUACCGUUGGGAUCAACGAGUUUAGAAGGCAAGAUAAUGUAUUUUCUUCAGCGCCAUAACCCCCAUCAUCAUCGUCAACUGUACGGGAAAGACGACAAAGGUUAUGAACGAGCACAGGGCUCUAAGAAGCGCUCUGUUCUCAGUCAGUGGCUCAAUCAUGGCAAAACCAAAGGUGAAACACGUUCCAUGGAGGCACUGCAAGGGAUUGAUGUCAACAGCAUGCGACGGCAGGAAAGGCAGAAUCUCUACGAGCACUGGGUUGCAGAAAUUCGACGCGAAUCGCACGAUAAAGCAAGCGAUCUUUUUGAGCGACAACAGCGUAACAAAGUCCAGUUCGAUAACAUUCGCGAUGAGCGCAGCCUGCGUUGCCUUCGACAGGCGCAUGUUAUUGGAGUGACAACCUCGGGCCUUGCUCGCAACCUGGAUAUGCUCCGUCGAUUGAGGUCUAAAAUCGUGCUUUGUGAGGAGGCCGGUGAAGUGUUGGAAUCACAUUUGUUGACCGCUUUGCUGCCAUCGAUUGAGCAUCUCAUUUUGAUCGGUGACCAUUUGCAGCUUCGACCACAGGUGCAGAAUUAUGAACUUUCACGGGAAAAUCAUAAGGGUGGUGAGCAAUAUUCGCUGGACGUGUCGCUCUUCGAGCGACUGGUGAGCCCGGAUGAAGGAGGCGGAGUACAGGUGCCCUUCAAUACGCUUGAGAUGCAACGGAGAAUGCACCCGUCAAUUGCUCAGCUUGUUAGACAGACGCUGUACCCAUGUCUGGAAGAUGCCCCGGCUGUUGAGCAGUAUCCUGAGGUCACUGGAAUGCGGAGGAGACUGUUUUGGUUGGAUCACCGUCAUCAUGAAGGGAACACGUCCAGCAACGACGCAUUGGGAACUUCCCAUUGGAACAGUUACGAGGUUGAUAUGACGAUAGGCUUGGUGAAUCACUUGAUCCGCCAGGGCAAUUACAAGAGUGGUGAAAUUGCUGUCUUGACGCCUUAUCUAGGUCAGCUCCAUCUCCUUCGAAACCGGCUCAGCGAGUCGUUCGCCAUUAUGCUAGGUGAGAACGAUGAAGAACAUUUGGAUAAGGUAGGGCUCAAUAAAGAAGCUCCAGAGGAAAAGCAGCGGAUAGUCAAGACCAGUCUUUUGCAAUCGCUCCGCGUCGCCACGAUAGACAAUUUUCAGGGCGAAGAGGCAAAAAUCGUUGUGAUAUCCUUGGUCAGGAGCAACGAUCAGAGCCGAUGCGGUUUCCUUCGAACUUCCAAUAGAAUAAACGUGCUCCUAUCUCGUGCGAAGCACGGAUGGAAACUUCGGCACAAGUCUGGAGCUGCAGUGCCCACGCCAUCCAGAUCAUCUUAUCGCCGUGUCUGA